GCCGGGGCGGGGCGGGACCGGAAGCGACGGGGCCGCGGGGUUAAACCUCCGAGCCCGGCCGGCGCCGUUCCACUGCGUCCCCGUUGCCCAUCGCGCCGGCUAUGGAUGCACGGGCCCGCGCCAAGCGCUAUGAGAAACUCGACUUCCUUGGGGAGGGGCAGUUCGCCACCGUUUUUAAAGCUAAGGACAAGACUAACAACCGAAUCGUUGCUAUUAAGAAGAUUAAACUGGGGCAUAGAUCAGAAGCUAAAGAUGGAAUCAACAGGACUGCCCUCAGGGAGAUAAAACUGUUACAGGAGCUAAGCCAUCCAAAUAUUAUUGGUCUUAUUGAUGCAUUUGGACACAAGUCUAAUAUUAGUCUGGUGUUUGAUUUUAUGGAAACAGAUUUAGAGGUUAUUAUAAAGGAUACGAGUAUUGUGUUGACGCAGUCUCACAUCAAGGCAUAUAUGCUGAUGACACUUCAAGGCUUAGAAUAUUUACAUCAGCAUUGGAUUCUACACAGGGAUCUUAAACCAAAUAACUUGUUGCUAGAUGAAAACGGAGUUUUAAAAUUGGCUGACUUUGGCUUGGCAAAAUCUUUUGGAAGCCCAAACAGAGUUUAUACAUACCAGGUAGUAACAAGGUGGUACCGAGCACCAGAACUAUUGUUUGGGGCUAGAAUGUAUGGUGUUGGUGUUGAUAUGUGGGCUGUUGGUUGCAUUUUAGCUGAAUUGCUACUCAGAGUUCCUUUUUUGCCUGGAGACUCUGAUCUUGACCAGCUGACAAGGAUAUUUGAAACACUGGGCACUCCAACAGAAGAACAAUGGCCUGGGAUGACAAGUCUUCCAGAUUAUGUCACAUUUAAGCCAUUUCCUGGAAUGCCACUUCAACAUAUCUUCAGUGCAGCUGGUGAUGAUCUGCUCAGUCUUCUUCAAGGCUUAUUCACGUUUAAUCCUUCAACUAGAGUAACAGCAACUCAGGCAUUGAAACAGAAGUAUUUCAGUAACCGACCAGGACCCACUCCAGGAAAUCAGCUGCCAAGACCCAACUGCCCUGCCGAGGCUGCAAAGGAGCAACAAAAUGCACUUUUAAAUUUAAAAAGGAAAAGAACAGAAGGAAUAAAUCAAGGUGAAGUUGGAGAUCUCAUCUAAAAGUGGAUGCACCGAUUGCCAGGAUUCUCCCAAUUGCCAGGAAGAGUUCUCCAGGUCAUCACUGCAAAAUGGGGCUCCCUAGCAAUUUCUUAUUCUGGAUGAUGGUAAAGUAUUUAUGCAAUUGGUGAUAUAUCUUUCUAAAUCACUGUCUUUUCUCUUGUGUAGUAAUGAUGAGGUGCAUUGCCUUGCUUAUUUUUGCAUGUUGCUAAAGUUGAGCACAUGGUAAGCUUACUGUUUUAUGGAAUGUAUCUUUUAACUUUUGUGUCACUUUAAUAUACAUAGUAAAAUAAGAUCAUUCUUUCCAUUGGUGACUGUGUCCUUUAAAUUGCCCCCAUCAAUUGGCAAAACAAAGUGGGAAGAUAUUUUGUGACCAAGACUAUUGCCUUGUGUGCAUGUAUGACACAGCAGAUGCUCACAAAGUGCAAUUUUUUUCAUAUAAUACAAGUUCAGGAGCUGUUUCCCUCCAGAUCCCACACAGCAAUUUGUGCUCUAUAUGUACAGUUGGGCCCUGUUCUAUACCAUGCGUGUAUGCAGUAAGUCUUAUUUUCAGUUGAGUUCAGCUGAAUUGUUUCAGCUGAAUGGAGUUGCGCAAAGCCACCUGUGUCAGGGACUGAAACUGCCUUGCUCUUAGGAUGGUGUGCACAGAUAGAAUAUAUGUGCAUCACAGAGUAAGAUAAGAUCAAAGAAUGGAUCAGCACAACAUUUUUUUCUUUAGUCUCAGGCUUUUGGGUGGUUUGAUUUAACUUUCAUGACAGGUGAGAACUCUGGAAGAAAUAUUUGGGAUUUGUGAUGAAUAUAAUAUGCAGUCACACAAUUAGUCAUCUAAAUACUGUUUAAUUUGUGACUUGAUUAUUUUGUAAGCUUUAUAAUCAUGUUCCAGCAUUGACAGUCUGUCUCUAAUCACACCAACUUACUGAAUAUGCGGCUGCUGCAAUCUAUUUAGCUUCUGUUCAGAACCACAACAAUCAAGCAUGGUUUGUCUGGAACAUGCAAUGUGUGUGCAUGCUUGUGCAAAACCCUCAGUUGAACACCUGAGCAAACAGGAACAUAAUGUAUGUACCUUGCGAUGUUUCUUCUGCUUUUACCAUCUUUUGAUCAUGAGUUACUGCUGUUUCUUCCUAAAAGGUUAAUUCUCCUUUUUGCAAACGUGAUGGCUUUAACCUCGAGACUUGAUGGAAUUUGAGUGACUUCUAUGCAUUGUACUGAUAUUGUUUGUAAUUGAAUAAGAAUGCUGUAAUUAUAAUUGAGCUAGAAUGUUGUUUUCUUCUUCCACUUUCUUGCCACAAUAAAAGUAGCAAAACACCUUG